UGUAUAUAUAUGAUUAAAAUUUUUUAAAUUAUUUAAUUUUAUAUUUUCUUGUGGAGCUAUUAGUCAGAUCUGGAACUGGAUAUAAAUUCUAAAGUUGAAGAGAAUUAUGGCUUGAUUACUCAUACUGUUUUUGAUAAGGUUGUGUUAUCACUUAGUUCACUUACUGUUGUAUACUCCUUCUCAACUGACAUUCACCUGUUGGUUUUAAUUAUUGUAAAAUGGAUGGAAGUUAUGGAUAUUCCUCUUACCAAAAUGGUUUGGAAAAGAAGGAUUUCAAUAAAAUUGCUCACAAUGUUGGAUCCAGUAUUCAGAAGAUAUCACAAAAUGUACUGUCCAUGAAAAAAAUGGUUAACCUAUUAGGGACAUCUCAAGAUUCUCAAGAGUUGAGGCACAGAUUACAUCAGAUCCAACACUAUACUAAUCAGCUAGCAAAAGAUACAACUUCAAGCUUGACAGAAUUAUCAGGAAUUCCUGUGCCUCAGUCUCCUUCUGAACAGAGAGAAUAUAAAAUGUUAAAAGAGCGUCUUGCUGAAGAAUUAACUACUGCUCUUAAUGCUUUUCAAGAAAUGCAAAGGUUAGCUUGCCAAAAGGAAAGAGAAGAAAUAAAUAAAGCUAGGGAAAUGCAACCUCCUAUAAAAAUUCCUCCUCCACCCAGUUCUCGUGGAUCUAGUAAUGGAACUCAGCUAAUUGAACUUCAAGAUUCUUUUCAGCAAAAACAAAUGCAGGCCCAAUUUGAAGAGGAGCAGAGAACUUUAGAAUUGAUUGAACAACAAGAAGAAGCUAUCAGACAAUUAGAGAUUGAUAUUAGCUCAGUGAAUGCCAUGUUUCUGGACCUUGGAGCUCUUGUUCACAGCCAAGGAGAAAUCAUUGACAGCAUAGAAGCACAAGUGGAAACUGCUGAAGUUUCAGUUAAUAUGGGGACUGAUAACCUCCGCAAAGCUAGUAACUAUGCUAAUUCACUGCGCAAGAAAAAAUGUAUUUUCCUAAUAAUUGGAAUAGUGACACUUUUGUGUUUGAUUUUGCUCAUUACUUGGAAGGCAAGUUAAGUAAAAAAAAAAAAUUAACUUAAAGAACAAUGAAUCAAAGGUUGGCCAACAAAGAG